UUACUAGAUAAGCAGGAAAACAAGAUGGCGCCGCUCGAAAGGUUAUUUCGCGAAGUGAUCUAGACUUUGGAGACUUUCCAACCAGAUGGGAACGGCUGCUUCUGCAAAUAGACGAGACUCGGACCUAAUUAGUCCUAGGGCUGAGGCACUUGCCAAAGAAAACGGGCAGCUGAUGUUAGAUUCCCCAGCCUUGAUCGAUUUAGGACAUGGAACAGUUCGUUAUCGUCUCCCAGAUGAAAAGAGAGAACAGGAAAAUAUGAAAGUCAAAACAGGAUACUUCUAUCAUCCUAGGCUUGAUGACUUCAGCGAAGAUGCUGAAGUGAGACCCGAAGACAGCUUUAAAUUCCAUUAUGUGUUCAAAGGACCGAAGAAAGAUGGUAAAGUAAAGCGAUUAUACUAUGUUUAUGGGACAAGCUUGUCAGCUAAAGAUGAAGGAAUCAAGCAAGAACCCCACAGGCCAGUAGGGAAAGGCUACAAUUGGCCAGAAUCCUAUAGGAAGGCCAAUAACUUGUAUUAUGAGUUGACCUUUGCUGACCAAGGUGAGGAUGAUUUUACAGACUCAGACAGUGUAAUGACUGGAGCAGAUUCUCCAGAACUGACAGAUUCUGUUGCUGAUAAAUAUAAAUUGAGGAUUGUUCUUGGGGAAAUGGAAACAGUAGACUCUCUUAAGAUGAGAAUGGCCUUAAGACUGUUGAUACCAGCAGUGAACUUUCAUAUCCUUCAUAAUAAAAAAGAGUUAAGACCAGAAGACAUUGUAGGAGAUCUGAGGACACCUGAACAAGGAAACUGGAGGAAAUUUGCUGUUGUUCUAAAUCUAACUUAGUGACUUCAUUGCAAAUUCAUGAGCAGAUUCUCUUUCCUGAAAACUAUGGGUUAAAACCUCAGCCUUGAGGCUAUUUUGACUAACUUUUGUUUAGUGACAGAGGUCUUUUUUCAGCCUCUGAUUCAAGUGCAACAAACUAAUUGAUUUUUGGCAUGUUACUUUUGCUGACAAUAGAGGAAAGAUGACCUAACAGAUUAAAAAACAUCUACUUUGCUUGCUAUUUUUUUCCCUUCUAGAGUGCAAUUCACUCAGUGUUAUGCUUGCUGAUAAUUUAUGUUUUUUACAUAUGUUGUAUUAUGUGGUCAUAAUCAAAUUUCUCAAGUUAAAAGAACCUUCUUACAAAAAUCAGUUAUUUUUGGGCACUUACAAUUUAUUUUUGUACUAUUUAAGAUUCUUUGUAAUAAUUUUGUGCUAUUUAAGAUUCUUUGUAAUAAUGCUUAGGGUAACAUAAAAAAAAAAGAAAAAAGGGACACAAAUUCACCUGUAGAUAAUCUCUAAAGAGGAAAAAAUUGGGAAUAUUCUUCCCUAAACUGUGUAAAUAAAGGAGUUAGUCAACCAGAUAGCUUUGUGUACACAUGAAGAUAGCAACUGCAAAAUCCUACUUCAACUUAUCUGUCAUAUUGUAAUGAAUACCAAUGAAUACCAGGUUACCAAUUAAUUGACUUGUGUAUCUCUAGAAUUUGUGGAACACCCAGGUAAUGAUAUGGAUAUUUAAGAUCACAGUGACAGCUAGCUUUAAUGGAGAGAGUGACAGAAGCAAUUGGGAGUUAUAGAGGUUACAGUGACAAUGACGUCAGUUCAGAGACAGUGACAGCAGUAACAGAGACAGUGACAGCAGUUACAGGGUGACAGUUGUAACAGAGACAGUCACAGCAGUAACAGAGACAGUCACAGCAGUAACAGGGACAGUCAAAGCAGUAACAGACAGUUAUGGCAGCUACAGAGUGACAGCUGUAACAGAGACAGUGCAAGCAGUAACAGAGACAGUGACAGCAGCUAAUGAGUGACAGCAGUAACAGAGAGGGUGACAACAGUAACAGUGACAGCAGUAACAGAGACAAUGACAGCAGUUACAGAGUGACGGCCGUAACAGAGACAGUGACAGCAGUUAAUGAGUGACAUCAGUAACAGAUAGGGUGACAGCAGUAACAGAGAGUGAUAGCAGUAACAUAGAGUGACAGUAGUAACAGAGACAAUGACUGUGUUUUUUGUUCUUCAUUAAGUUUUGCCAACGCACGGGAAAAAUUGUUAACAAACAGCGUACCGUUUUCUGCGUGAGAUGUUCUUUGGAACGACUAGCGUUAAACGCUAUCUCAUUUUGAAUGAAAUUUUAAGCGGACUUUGUGCGUGGUGGACAAAAGGUUGGAGAAAUAGGGAACACCAGUUGGGGCAACUAUCCAGCACUUUCACCGACACUGAAGUGAAUUAUUGUUUACGUAUAUGCUAUACAGAAACCAAUAAAAUUAGUACCGACAAGUGAUCACAAGUAGCCACAGAAGAAACGAACAAAGACUUUUAAACAUGUUAAACGGCGAAAUUAUAACGAGCUGAAAACCAAAGAGAACAGGAAAUGGACUGUCGGAGUUUGUGAAGAUUUUGACGCUUUAAGAUUGCCUUGAGCUGGUGUCCUAGCGGAUUUGGACCCCCCAGUCCAAAUCCGUCAGCGGAUGUGGACCCCCCUCCGCGGAUUUGGACUCCCCAACAAAACUGAGCGAAAACAUCAUCCUUGACGUUCUAGUAAAAAUAGAUGAUACUUCUGUUCCAGUGCUAGAGUUUGUUUUAAUUCAAAACAUGCGUAUUGAUGUUAUCUUGUUCACAUGAUCCCGUCACAACUUAGGAUUUUUGUUCACGUGAACGAAAGCGCUAAACUGUGGAAUAA